AUGGGAAACGAAAUAGGGAAAGAAGGUGGUUCUACUUCAAUGAUUGGUUUGGCAUUAAUCGCAACAGGCACUGGUGGUAUAAAACCAUGCGUUGCUGCAUUUGGUGGUGAUCAGUUUCGACUACCUGAAGAUAAUCAGCGUCUGCAGAAGUUCUUCUCGACUUUUUACUGCACGGUAAACCUGGGCGGCUUCAUGGGCAUGGUGGUGACGCCCGCGCUGCGACGCAGCGUCAUGUGCUUUGGUGACGACGCUUGCUACGCACUUGGAUUUGGCUUUCCAGCAAUACUCGUUCUCGUUUCUAUUCUAAGAAAACGUUUGAGUUACGAUCCGAGGACUGACGGACCACCUUUAGAUCACUGGCUGGACUAUGCAGUUGAGGACUAUGGCGAGAAGUUGGUGGCCGACAUGAAGGUGGUGUUGUCCAUACUGUAUCUGUAUCUUCCAGUGCCGAUCUUCUGGUCUUUGUUCGACCAACAGGGAUCUCGCUGGACUUUUCAAGCGUCGCGAUUACGUAGUGAAGUAUUCGGUAUGACGCUUAUGCCGGAUCAGUUGCAAGUUAUGAACCCAGCAAUGGUCCUCGUCAUGAUUCCUGUGUGUCCAAGUGGAGCAUGGCCGCUUCUGCCAGAAUUACCUCCACUACAAAAGAUGUUUAUUGGAGGAAUACUUGCUGCUAUGGCCUUCGUCGCUGCUGGGAUCUUACAAAUUGGUAUUGAGCGAUCAACUCUCCAAGUACCAGGGCACCAGCAAACUGGGUUAGUGGUGAUGAAUACACUAGCAUGCCCAGUGGAAAUAGCGGUGCGUGGCGAGGGCAUUGCACCGGUGGAAUCGCACGGCACAGCGCUUACGUCCCCCUUGCCUCAUCGUAUCCUCGGACUCUCAGCCAGCUGUCCCGUCCAUUGUGCGGGACGUAUUAUGAAGCAGCAUGUUGUUAAAGCUAAUCUGAAUACUGUGUCUGAGAUGUUUAUGCCGGUAAUUAUAGGCCAAAAUUCAGAUGAUCAAAUAAGAUUGUACUUUAUGGAUCCAAACCCAUUAAGCAAGUCGCUAACGGGAAAACCGAAAUUAAAAGUGGUGUACGUGGGUGAUACCGGACCGAACAAGAACGUGUCGAUUACUGUGGAGACGGAGAAGAGGCUAAGCGACAUAUAUUACGUGUCGGACGCUCCUAUCGACCAUAUUGGAGAAUCUGCCUACAUGUGUCUGCAACCGGGGAAGUUUAAGUGGCGCGCUGAAAGUGCGAACGGAGAGUUGGCUGGCUCCGGGGAAGGUUAUGUGCGGGCCGGCGGUGUAUAUGUUCUGUGCGUUCGUGAGAGGCUUGGGAGACUAGACGCAGCGGUGCUACAUGCACCCAACCCCCCCAAUGAGCUACACCUUGCAUGGAUCGUUCCACAGUACCUUCUUGUUUCUAUUGCGGAAAUUAUGUUUGCAGUUUCUGGACUAGAGUUCUCUUUUACACAGGCUACAGAGUUUUUCGCGUACGCUGCCGCUCUCGCGGCUGCCAUGAUAAUAUUCUGGCGCAUGGCACAAGGCUACAAUAGUAGGACCAUCGAAGGCGACGCGUCGUCCACUGAAAGUCGACCACUACUCCGGCAUAAGUCGAGGGUUAUAUCGGUACACUCGCUAUCGUCGGCCAGCGCACGUCUGUAUGGUGUAGCUGGCGGUGGUUCUUUAGCAGGGCAAUCUCAAGAACGCGCAGCAAGUGCAUGGCCGCCGCGAGCCGCGGUUCGUCUCGCCACGCCCAGCAGUGGAGACCAGCACGUCACAACUCUUGCUAAAGAUUAA